UUAAGAAACUCGUAGCGUUGAGCAAUGCGAGAAACGCGCCCUGCGCGUUAUUUUACUUAUUCAACCCUGAGACAUAGUCCGUGCUUCGUAACUUUCAGAACAGUGAAACAGCGCUGCCACAGUGAAACUUGAAUGAGAAAACGGCAUAUGUCGGUAACGUAGAGCUCUAAAUGCUGAUUUACUUAUAUUUACCUACAGGAAGUCGAUGAUAUAUCGGAACUCCCGUACCCCCGUAAUAUCAACCAAUGGUAAUAUAUUACUAUCUAAUAAUAAAAUCAGCGAAUUGAAUCGAUAGCUGUGCCAUUUUUCUAACAUACAGAAAUCUUCUAGCUCGACUUCGUCUACAUUUUCCCGUGUGAAAUUCCCUCUAGUAACUCAUAUCCUGGAGAGCCGAAGGUGGCUGCUCUGACAUUCUUUCUGUUUAAAGCAUUUCCUAAGAUCCGUGACUCUUCUAGUUCCCCGGAAAAACUUUGGUACACCCGCUCAAGGCGAGUGGGGAAAUCAAUAAGGUAACUGUGUUCAGUUCGCAAAUGGCAAGCAUUUAACCGCGUGCAACUAUCGUAACCGCAAGGUUUGCAUUAUCAGAAAGUACCAUGCGGGAUUUCGAGGCCUAUUUGAACAACUGAUUCUAACAUAAUUACUCAGUGACAACGACAGCCAGACGUGUUUCCAUACGUCAGCGAGAAAAUUUACGAAAUGUAGAAAACUGAACAGUUUCGUCAACAGCUAGUGUCAACGAAACAUGCCGAAAAUUAGUGAACCUACAGACUCCUGACGGUUCCUGAAAGUGCUUUAAGCUAAGUGCUGAUAUGCCCAAAGAUGUCACUCGAUCGAAGGACUUUUCUAUGCUGCCUGGGUCUUUAUGCUCUUUUCCUACAACUCGACCUAGGUGAAAGUACUCACAUAACGGGCACCUUCGAAACCAAGGAGUUCUUUCGAUUUCUUAUGAAGUUCGGCUUUCAAAAGACUGACAGACAUCACCAGAGGGAUUCCUAUGGGUAUAUCUUUGGGAACGUCACAUCUCGGUCCAAUUUUUCUGUGCCAAUUACUCUGGCAGUUCUCGAUCGGGGCCAUUUCUUGGAAUAUUAUGGAAAUCGUACCAUUCGUGAUAAGAGCACCGCAUGUGCAUUAAUGUUCGAAGCAUUAAAUCAGACUUCUUAUGAUAUGCACUGCAACGACGAGGGCCAAGACUUUUUAAGAAGAGUACCUUGCCCACUUGGGAAAUUAUGUCCAGAUGAGGAUUCCAUUUGGAAUGUAGUCAAAGGACAUCAGUUCACAUAUGUCAUCCAAGAUCUGUGGCAACCACGGUUUUGGUACAUAAGUUUAGUCGCGUGUUACAGAAAUACCACCACUUGUCAGUGGGAGCAUUACCAACAGCACGAUGAAUUAGAUUACGAUAUCUGGCUUGUAAAUGGCAAUCCUAACACCAGCGGUUUAAAUAGUUUUACUUACCAGUUUUCAUACGACAGGCAAAACACCAUUGAACUUUACUUACUGUUUUUUAUGUGCUAUAUCAUGCUAGUACCAAUGCAACUAUAUGCAGUUAGAAUGCAAAGGCAUCCUGUUACAAGGCUAUUUACAGCAAGUUUAUUGUUAGAAUUUAUCGCAGUAUGUUUAAUUUUAAUACAUGUACUCAAAUUUGCCCUUGAUGGUGUUGGGUAUGAACCAUUAGAGGUUGCAGGAGACAUUUUUGAUAUUUUAUCUCGGACAUCUUUUAUGCUGCUUUUACUACUACUGGCUAAAGGAUGGGCUGUCACAAGAAUGGAACUAACAUGGAAACCGUUAGUGUUUGCCAUUUGGUUGUGUUAUGGGAUUGUACACAUUUUAUUAUAUGUAUGGAAUAUGACUGAAGUUGAUAUCAUUGAAGACAUAGAUGAGUACCAAACGUGGCCAGGGUGGUUCAUACUUUUAUUUCGCAGUGUCAUAAUGGUGUGGUUUUUAUAUGAGCUGCGCAACACAAUGACUUAUGAACACAAUACACAAAAAUUAAAUUUCUUACUUCAUUUUGGUGCAUCAUCUCUAGUUUGGUUUAUAUAUUUACCCAUUAUUGCACUUAUAGCUCUUCAAGUGAGUGCAUUGUGGAGGUUUAAACUUCUGCUUGGAAUAACAUAUUCUGCAGACUGUUUCGCUUACUGUGUGAUGGCACACUUGUUAUGGCCAACUCGAAGUGAACAGUAUUUUCUACUUGCACAAGGUGCUGACAAUGGUGAUGAACUUGAUGAGUUCAAUGAAGCACCACAUGUACUAAAUAAUUACGUGGAACCUCCAGAACUUAGUAAAAUAAUUGCCUAAUGUUAACAUAAGGUAACAAAUGGCAUAAAUUGUUUUAAAGAAGAAUUGGCGCAAAUUAACGAUGAUAUGAUGUAAGAUUGCCAAAUGUUCAAAAACGAUAAAACAUGAUCUGCGCUAUUUGAGACUGAAGUACCUUACACAUGUUUUGAUCUAACUAUAACUGUCCUAUUUGAUCAUUACACCACACUUCAAAUAGACUUAAGAAAUUAGAUUGAUAGUAAACCUGACUGAAUCAAGAUUAAUAUCAACAGAUCAGCACCUCUUGCUAUGCGCAAACCUGUUUUAUAAUUGCCUAAGAACUAUUAUUUUUUAGAAAAUAACAAUUACUUCUGCAAUACUAGUUAACGAUGUACAUAUGCGUAUGCAUUGAUAUAAAUUAUAUGGGAUACGUAUUAGCGCAAGUAAUUUAUGAUUUACUGGCAUAGGGCUGUGUAUAUCGAAAUUUAUGAAUUGUGAAUAGAGAGCGAAGAAUUAUAUUGCAUGCACAGUCUGUGUUUGUAGAGUGUAUUGCAGAAUGUAUUGAAUUUGUUAGUGAACACUGUCUAACAGUGGUAAAUUAUACUUGUCUUAAUAUUCAGUAUACUUUAAUGAAUAUAGCCAGUAUGGUGCUUUCAUACAGAAAAACUUGAUGUACAAUUUAUUCAAAGGUCUUUUAAUUAAAUUAAUUAUUUAUAAUUCAGGGUGUCGUGAUAUGCAAAUUAAAUCGACUUCGGUUUUUUACCAGUAUUGUCAAGCUCAAUAGUAUCUUUCGCAUCAAUAAAUUACAUAACUAUCUAUAUAAGUUUUAUUGAGCUGGUCUAAACAUAUAGUAAUUUCAAAAUAAACACAUUUCUACUGUGUCCAAAACAAAAUUUGUUUAUGUCAAGUUUACUGAAAUUUAUAAAAUUAACUCCAUUUAAUUAUUUAUCUUGUGAAAUAUUUUAUCAGACCUGAAUUACUCUACGUACACAUACUUUGUUGGCUGCCACUAUGAUACUCAAGUCUAUUGAAUUUUAGUAACAGUAGUCAGGAUAGAAACUUAUAGUUGUUGAGGGUGAUUUAAUCGUUAAUUGUUAUAUUAUACAACUUUGUUUUGCAUAUAAGCAGUAUGAAUAGUAAUUAUGUUUACUUUUAUAGGAAUUUGUGUGUAACACUAUACAAUAUCAUCGAUCUAAAAUUGAUUAUAAAAUGAAAUUUUAUAAAGCUUUUAAGACACAAAAAAGAAUCACGUACAUGAUAACCCUUUCUAUAUUUAUUAUUAGUAUGUAUAUUUAAUUCUUUAUUGUUCAAAUUUAUGUGUGAUCUAUACAUCUAGAAAGAACUUUUCUAUGGCAUUAUUACUGCACAAGUUUGUUAUAUAAAAGACAGUGUUACAAAUGAAAUUAUUUCUGUUAAUCAUCAUUUGAUAUAAUUCGUGCAUUUAUGUUAAGACUAGCAAAAUAUGUUAGCUUCUACACAAUGUAAUUAACGUACAAGUUUAAUUUUAGUGUCAGGUCUUAUUAAUCAAGCGCUAAUUCAACAUAGUUAAAUAGCAGUAUUGGUGAAAACAGUACUCUCAAAAGCAUAUUUGCAAGCUAUGAAAGUGUAGCCAAAUCUUAGACAGCGCAAUUUUUAAAUGUUAUACAUUGAAUAAUAAGUACAUUUGGAGCAACUCUUUUGUGUAGUUUCUUAUGUAUUUAAAUAUAUCAAGGUUAAUUAUCAAAA